AUGACUGAAAAAUUCUCGAGUACGAUAACCAACCAAGAUGUGGAUAUUUGGACAUUUCAUUUUUAUACAUGUUACUUUUAUACAUCAGGUUAUCCGCUGGGUAGAGAUAAUUUAAUUAAUAAAAUUAGCAUAAAGGAAGAAAAACAUUUUCCCAAUGGCACUGUUACUGGGCAUUACAAGUACAUAGAUAAGGAAGGAGUUCCAGUACAUGUAAGAUAUUACGCAGACGAUACAGGAUAUGGCGUUGAAUUGAAAAGUAUGAAAGUGUUAGACGGAUCCAUUGAUCAAGACAACACUCAUUUAGAAAAGCAACAAAAAUCAGAUAAUCUGUGGCCGCCGCUUGAUUCAUCCACUGAUUUUUCACAAGAUUAUCCAAACACUAUAAACAACCCUUCGAACACAACUAAAAACAAGUUCCUUUCACUCAAUGAUUUAACUAAAGGUGAUAAAUCCCUCUACCCGAAGAAGGCUUACAAGAACUCACCGGAUUAUGAAAUAUAUUUGCAAAAUGAAGUUCACGCACCGAAAUGUGGGCAGAAUAAAGUGCGAAUUUAUAUUGACAAGGGCAAAAGAAAAUCUCGUGAAGCAUCUAAUGUGGCUACUUAUAAGUAUUUCGACUAA